UGUAACUAUAAUAAUAGUUGCAUUUUCCUCAGUUGUAACCAUGCCGCGGAAGCGGCCAGCCGCAAACGAGUCUGCAAAAAAAUCAAAAAGAACGAAAAUUGAUAACCAGUCGGCGAAAGCAGUCAAGCAACCACUAAACAUCGAUUACGAGAAAUUAACUGCAGAGAUUUUGAAACAGCAAAAUGGCAGCAAGAAUCAAAACCAUGUAGAAACGGAGGAAUCAACAGAGUCAACUGUAGCUCAGUCCUCUGGCAUUGUGGAUCAGUCGAAUAGUCCUGACAUUAGACAUAUCAUCUCUACUUUAAUUAACCAAAUAUUUAAUACAGGUGAGCCAGCAAAACCCAUGGUCUCGCAUCCUAUCUCUUUGUCUGAUGGUAUCCCUCUUGGUGCAGUGGUAGCACAACGCACAAAACAGAAAAUCUGGGAAAACCAGUACAUAGAUUUACGUGUGUUGCUGCAGCAGCGUGAGGAUCCUGUCGCGUUGAAUAUUACUGCUGGGUCUGUGACAAUUCAGCAGCAGGGGUCAGCAAAACCCAAAAUAUCACUGACUAUUAAUCAGUCGACAGACGCUCUUUUGAUUUUCAUUGCAAUAUAUCUUGAAAAAGCUCCAAACCAAGCACUGCAUUUGUUAAAGUAUUGUUUCUUUAUCAGGGAAAUGCACAAAAUGUUAGGGGAGGGGGCUUGGAGAAUUUACGAUGAAAAUUUUCGACAAUUGAAAGAAACAGUAAAUGUGCCAUGGCAAAAGCCGAUCGAGGAACUCAGAAUAAAAGCUGUCACAUAUGUAUCCCGUCCAGCCCAACAGCCUUUUCGGAAAGGGUCAAGCAGAGCGCAAAUGUGUUUCUGUUAUGCAUUUAAUAAUGGAGAACAGUGUCAAAAUGACCUAUGCCUUUAUUCACAAACAUGUCAUGAAAACCAUUCAAGAACCAGUUGUAGAGGAAAUAAGAAAAAUAAAUCCUCAAAUAUCAAAUCAAGAGCAUCAACAGCCUCAGGGGGAAUUUCUGCUCCCAACACCAGUUAUCCCAGACAAGCUAAAUUACUUUCUGGUCCAAUAUGA